CAACUUCUCCCAAAUUAAAAUUUUUACAGGAAAAGAAGAGAGAAGUUUUUCCGAGAAAGAAGAAACAGAGACAAUGGGAGAUUGCAGACCAUUGGGUUUUUUAAUUGGACUGCCAUUUGCAUUGGUGGCCCUGGUUUUAUCAGUUUUGGGUGCAAUAAUCUGGAUUCUUGGGACUAUAUUAAGUUGCUUGUGCCCAUGUUGCAUAUGUUGCGUUGGAGUGGCUAAUCUGGCGGUGUCUUUGAUGAAACUUCCUUUCAACAUCAUUACAUGGUUCACCGAACAGAUUCCUUGUUGAUUGAUAUUCUUUUUCUACCUAAUUGAUUGAUUAAUAUUCUUUCUAUUAGUUUGUAUUUUUUGUCUUAGUCUUUGUUUGGUUCUUUCUUUCAUGUGUUUAGAUAAACAAUUCUUUAUUUUGUACUAGUGUUAAGAUGAGUUGACCGUGUUCAUUAUUAAUUCUUAUAUGGUAGGGAAAACAACUGGUCAUUUCUGUAUGAUAUAUAAUAAUGUUUCACGUUAAUCCCAAGUUUUCUGUUUGGCAUUUAUAUAACUAAUAAA